CCAAAAAUGCCGUCAUUUUGCGGCCAACUCACUGAUGCGGAAGAACUUGUGCUACAUGGAUGCAUUGUUCGGGAAGGCAAAGUUUAUAUAAAUAGCAACUUGGUACGCCUUCUGACAGACGAAGAAGAGGAGAAGAUCGAGAAUCUUAUGGGCCCGUGGAUUGAGCGAACAAGAAGGAUGAAAGACAGUCCUAACAAAGAGCCAGGAUUCUCGCCUUUGCGUGACAUAUCCAUCUUUCUUGAUCGAUUCUUGAAAGUUAAUCCAGCAGUGACAAAAAGUUGUUUGGCCCGUAUAAGACUAGCAACCCAAACACAAUCCUAUCGUCUUGUGUAUUUUCACCUGGUCGCCCAGCGGAAAUGCUCAUUCACAAAAAGACAACCUUUAGAAUCCAUUCAGAUUUGCCCCAUGUUGUUUGACCCGUACAAGACUAGCAACCCAAACACAAUCCUAUCGUCUUGUGUAUUUUCACCUGAUCGCCCAGCGGAAAUGGUCAUUUACAAAAAGACAACCUUCAAAACCCAUUCAGAUUUGCCCCAUGGCACACCACUUCAACAGCCACAUCUUGGAAAUACCUCCACUACCACCACACAAAAGACUGCAAAACCUCAAGGAUUCGGCAUAAAACGACGUCCCAAGAGUCGUUGGGACGCUAAGUUCGCAAGAAGCGCUCCACCAAUGUCUAAACCAAUACUUACAAGUCAAGAAAACCAAAAAUCAAAAAUGUCAACUUCUCCCUCAGACACUGUGUCGUCCACGGGUCAAACGCUGCUGCAGCUUUUAACAAAAACCCUCACGGAUUCUGAGCUGCUACGAACACUAAGGGAAUUAGAACAAAUACCAGCUGCUGCAGCCGCACCUGCGCGACCUCCGCCAUUUGCAUCCAUGGAAGGCUACUCAAACAAAGAGGACCCCACAGUGCAAGAACCAGAUUAUCUUCCCCAUCCAGUAAUGCAGUGGUUUGCAAAAACGACAGAGGAACCGGACGAUGCACAAUUAUCCGCUCUACCGGAUGAGAUUUGCACAGCACAUAUGAAACCACCAUCAACUGGAAAUGGAAAAAGGAGGAGAGAUAUAUUCAUAUAG